AUGUUACAAGCUAGGGACCUGAUGGAUCAUCAAAUUUGGUGGCAGCUCAGAAUGGGUUCUUCAUUAUUUUGGUUUGAUAACUGGUCAGGCCUUGGCCCUUUAUAUUUCAUUGUCCCUCCUGAAUUUCAAUGUAAUGAAGCCAUAGAGAAUGUAGCUGAUGUAGUUACUGCUGGUAGGUGGCAUGUGCCUGCCAUCAGGAAUAAUCUGCCUGAGGAUUUGGCUGAAUAUAUCUUGACUGAGGUAAAGCCACCAGCUAGACCUGGAGAGAUGGAUAAACCUUGGUGGAUGUUGGAGAAAAAUGGAGAAUUUAGUGUCAAAUCAGCAUGGGAAUAUAUAAGAAGCAGAGGGGAAAAAAAGGAGGUCUACAAGAAAAUCUGGACCAAAGGAUUGCCUUUCAAGAUUGCUUUUCUGAUGUGGAGAGUAUGGCACUUUAAAGUUCCUCUGGAUGAUGUAAUUAAGAGUUGGGGAUAUCAUAUGCCUUCCAGGUGUUGCUGCUGUGCAGAACCAAAGGAAGAGACUGUCCCUCACAUAUUCUUGAGAGGUGCCACUGCACAAGCAACAUGGAAAUAUUUCAGUGCAGCAGCUGGACUAAAUGUUGAUGGUAUGCAUUUGCAUCAGGUGAUUAUGCAAUGGUGGACAGCUGAGGUUCCUGUUAGACUUCAGAAUAUUUUCAAUGCCAUUCCAUCUAUUAUAGUCUGGCAACUGUGGAAGAAAAGAAAUGGAGAUAAACAUAGGGAUAAGGUGUCAACUAGCAGAGUUAUUUACCAGGCUUCUACUGAUAUUCAGCAACUGGUGAGAAUCAGGAAGCCUGGCAUUAAAUCAGUUCCACAUAGAUGGCAUGACAUUCUAAAGAUUUUGGAACAAUUUGUUCCAAAAUUACAGGUUACCAAGGUUUUGUGGAAAUUCCCACCUGGGGACAUCUGGAAAUGCAAUACAGAUGGGGCAACUAGAGGCAACCCUGGUAGAAGUUCAUUUGCCUUUUGUGUGAGAAAUUCAGAUGGUGAUUUGAUUCAUGCAGAGGCUAGGGCAAUGGGAGAAGGUACUAACACUGAAUCUGAGGCACAAGCUCUCCUUCAGGCUGCAAGAUAUUGUUUGUCAAAACAUGUCUAUUCCUUCAUUCUGGAAACUGAUUCAUUAUUGAUGAAGCAUAUCCUGGAUAGAGAGUGGAAACCUCCAUGGAACAUUGCAUUUGAGGUGGAGGAGCUGCUAGAUAUCAUAGAUCAUGCAGAGAAUUGGAUUCAAAGGGAAGAAAGAUGCUACAGUUGGGAAGUGGAAGAACAUUUUAUUUACUGUACAUCUGCAGGUUGUAGAUUGCAUAUGAACAACAGAUUGAUAAAAACAGAUAUACCAGUGUGGGUGGUAUUAGCACCCCGGGAUGCUCAUCCUACUGAGGAACUAUCAAUAUUUGGAGAAUGUAGUGUCCUUAGGCAAGGUCCCAGUUGGUUUGCAAUUUCAGCAGGAAGCCGCAAAUGA